CUCUUACAGUCACCCUACUCGUCCUCGCCGCAUCCGCGCAGAGUCAUAUAUUCAGACCCCCUCCCGCAGCUAAAAGCGAGCCAUGUCAGAGUACUUCUACCACCCCAUUGCGCCUCCGCAGUCCGCUGCGUACGACUACUCCCAGCUCUUUGACAACGCCGCCCCCGACUUCGCCCCUCCCCAGCCCAAGCAGUCCCUUCGCCAGCAGCCCCUCGACUUUGACUUCCAGCCCUUCGUCGCCACUGACGGCUACAACCCCCACAUCCAUACCGUCGAGGCCUUCGACAACGAUCUCGACACCUCCCUUGCUACCUGGAACAUUGACGCCGAGCUAUCCCUCGUCCCCACCGACAACUCGGACCUCUUCCGCCGCAUCCGCACAGGCACUCCCCGCGGCGGCCCUUCCACUAUCCACUCCGAGUCCGCCUCGGGUUACGACACCAACUACGCAGAGUCCUCCUACGACCCCGCGUACGGCUCGACCUACGAUUCCGUUUACAACCAGUCCGAAGUCAGCGCCCUCUCCGGCGACCUCGACAUGAAGCUUCAGGCCUUCGGCCUCAGGGACGAGCGCGCAUACGGCUCCUCUCCCAUCUCACCCAACUCAAGUGUCUCGCUGAACCAGGCCGCGUACUCCCCUCCCUCUUAUCAUCGUGGGAGUUUCUCGGACUACGAGCCACAAACGGGUAUGCGCGCUCCCGCCAGCUCCGCCUCGGACUAUUACCCUCAUUCCAUGGGUGUCAAGUACCCGUCGUCUGUCGUCGUCCAGGCUACCGUGUCCCCCGCCAAUGUCUCUGCUCAGCUCCCGUCCCACUCCACCCCCUCGCCCGUCGUCGCUAGUCAGCGGCUCGUGAAGCAGGAGAGCAUGAGCAAGGAUAUGAACUCGAAGGACCCCAAGCGCAAAUACCAGUGUCCCACCUGCCCUCGAGCUUUCGCUCGCGCUUUCAACCUGAAGACCCACAUCCAGACCCACGACCCCAACCGCGCUAAGCCGUACACCUGUCACCACAAGACGUGUGGUCGUUCCUUCAGUCGCAAGCACGACUUGACGCGUCACCUCGUCUCCAUUCAUCGCAGCGAGGCUGAGGAGAACGUCAAGAACGGCAAGGCUAUCGGUGUCGGUGCGGGCAGCCGCGUCCGCUGCGACAUUUGCGGUACAUCCUGGGCUGACAACGGCAAGAACAAGGGCUGUGAAUGCGACGAUGUCAAGUAAACGCAUGACUACGUCUUCGGCUUCAUGAUAUCAACGGUUUGCCUCGCGCAACGCCCGCGUCCGUCCGAGUGGUAUAUAGAAGCGUGUGUCAGGUCGCUAUCUGCGACGUCCAGACUUGACACUUGCUCUCAGCCGCGACGACGUAUAUGGUCGACAUUGUAAUGCUAUUCCGGUCUGGGCCCAGUACGUUUUCGACUGGCCUCGGACUGCAUUCGUCGUCCGCUCCACAACCUCCUCUCCGUCUUCCUGAUUAUCUUUGCGCUCGCUUUGCCUUCCCAGUCGGCGUAGAAUUCAGCAGCUAUGACGUAUUUGUUCUCGGGUAUUCCUAUGAUUUCCUUAUUUCGCUCGUUGAAUAGCUCUGGGCUCCUGACAUUAAUUGACAAACAAUAUUCCAUAAUCCCAUAUCCCCUUUUCUCUAUCCAGUUAUAUUUCUCUUGUUUCUGCUCGUUGUCAACAAACUAUUUUCCCAAGACGAGUAGUGUUCAAACAUUGUACAUCUUGGAUACAAACAGUUAUUUAAGUGCUCUGUUACGUUGGAUUGCCAGCGACGAGGACGAUCGGAUAGGAGUGCGUCGCGUCGCACGCGAUAUGACGUCGGCCUGUGGCCACUGGUCGGUGCAAAGUUACAGACGGCUCCAACCUCUCUCAUGUACCUCCCUCUUGGUAUUGUAUAUAUAUGCG